AAGAUGGCGACUGGCAUCGAAAUAAUUGUGUCGCCACAUGUUCAGGAAUAGAGUUAUUUCCUGCCCAUGCACUUUCAGUUCUGUGCAGAGGAGAUAAAACAAAAGGUAUGUCAACAGAAGGCAAGGGACUAUUUGAUUUAUCAUUUGUUCAGCAGGAUAGUGAUAGUGAGAGUGAAUUAGACAAUGAGCCACUAUUGGAAUUAGUUGAUGAUCUGGAGGAUGAAAAGUGGGAUCCAGAUGAAAUGGAUUCAGAAGACUUCCUGUAUUCCUGGGUAUCAAGUGAAAAUGUUUCUGCAGGGGGACCCAUGCAACCAAUGUUACAGCUGAAGUUCACUGAAUGCCCAGGGAGCAGGGCGAUAACAGUGGCAUGGAAACCAGUAGAUUAUUUUCUGGCAUACUUCCCACCGAGUAUGUUCACGAGGAUUGCAGAGGAGACAAACAGAUAUGCCUCUCAGUUUGUUGCUUCAAAUCCUAAACUACCAAUGUUUUCCCGCUUUCAGAAGUACGCCCCAACUAAUGCUGAAGAAGUCAUGGUUUUUGUUGCUCUAGAGAUGUCAAUGGGGAUGUGUGUUAAGUCAGAUGUGUCCGAGUACUGGAUCACCUCUGGUUUGAAUGUCACUCCAGUGUACAAGAAGAUAAUGUCCAGAGAUAGAUUCACAUGUCUGAGGUCCAUGUUACAUUUCAAUGACAAUUCCAUGUGUCCUGAGCCUGGGAGUGCUGAUUAUGAUCCCAUGUAUAAGGUCCGUCCUCUCAGUGAUGCCAUGAAAGAACAGUGCCUUCAAAAUUAUGUUCCUCAUGCAAAUCUGUGUGUUGGCAGAUGGAAGACCUCACAGAAGCUGCAAGUCCCUUCAGGGACCAAUAAUUCUGAGGUGAAGAUUUGGUGUCUGUGUGACAGCACUAAUGGAAUGUGUCUGAAUUGGAAGAUUCAUUGUGGCGAAAAACCUUCUUCCAAUGGACUUGGCAUGGAUGUAUUGACAGAAUUGUCUGCUCCUUACUUUAACACAAGCAGAGUUAUCUACCAUGACAAGUUCUUCACAUCAGCAACUCUUGCCUUAUACCUGUCAAGGAAAGGAAUAGGGAGUUGUGGGCCUGUUACAUUAAAAAGAGAUGACAUUCCCAAGGAAUUGCAGAAAUCACCAGGGAAGGCAGAGAGUAGAUCUGUAUUGUUCCACAAAGAUGAACCCACAGGUUUGGUGAUGUCUUGCUCAGGAGGUUCUUUGAGUGAUCGAAGGAGAGUCAACUUUUUGUCUACAGUCCAUGGGAAUGAGGUGGUUCAUAAACGAGUUACAUGUAAGAAGAGUCCAAAAGGUUACCAGGAUAUUCAGAAACCAAAGAUUGAAGCUGAUGUGAAUCAAUUCAUGGUUGGAGUCAAUAUCAUGAGGACUUUCACAACAAAGUAUUUCUACAAGAGCAAAAGCAGAAAAACCUACCUGAUCAUCUAUGACUUUCUCAAAGAAGUUGCAAUGUACAAUGGUUACAUCCUUCACAAGGAAACAACAAAGAAGGCUAAAAGCUACAGAUCCUUCAGGGACGAUGUUGUGCAAGGACUCAUCGAGAUGUACCGAAACACAGACCAACCAUUUCCUCGGGUUCAUAGCUAUGACUCAACAUUUGUGCCCGAAAGAUUGAGCGGUAGACAUUUCGUUGAGCAAAUGCAUGAAUGGAAAACACCUAGAGAUUGCGUUGUAUGUUCAGACAGGAAGGGUCGUCAGCGCCACCAGACUUCACUUGGUUGUCCAGACUGUGGUGUAGCUCUGUGUGUUGGUAAAUGCUUCAAGAGAUACCACACCUGCUUUGAUUACAAGCUUCAGAGCUAAGGCUAACAUAGGGGAGGGCAUUUGUUUUUUAUGAACAUUUUCACAAAGCAUUCAGAGACAAGAGAAAAUUCCAUAAAUCUCGCUUUAUGAUUUUCCUCCUGAGAUAUUUGCUGAUCAUGUGAAAAUAAUGAUAUUUUCUUUUCAGACAGUAUUGCGGCUUAACAAUUGCUUUUCUUCAUUCUUUUGACACAUUACAAUAGCUGAGAUCUUCAGCUAGGAUAGAUUUGUUUAGGUUCUGACCAUUUCAUGUGUGGGAUUGGGGCAGGUAGGUAUGGUUGGAGUAUUUUUCAGUAAAUGCUGAAAGAAUUUUUCAGGGUCAGGUUUCAAAGAAAGGAAACAUUGUGGAUAUCUUGAAAAUGUUGUAUUUUGGUCUUUUUUAAGAAUUAUUUUUCUUCAAAGACAAAGUGCUGAGGCAGUCUCUUAAAACCUCAUUUAAGUUGUCUCUGGCCUUGGAGACUUAAUCAAAGCUUAGUAAUAAUGAAUUCUGGAUUGUAAAGUGAACCAUCAUCAAACUGUCACAAUUAUGUAAAAAGAAUAAGGAGCAAAGUGUUCUAACAUUGACAUUCAUUUUAAUUAUAUAUUACAUCAGAGAUUAGGAUGACACUUUAAUGGGUAACUAGAUAAUUCAGAUGCUUGCUUCAUUUGAUUUUAUUAUGUUGUGAGGGAAAAAUAGAUUAUUUCCCCUGGGCCUCAUUGAUAGCUCUUCAGUAUGAUAAGUUUUGGAUUGUUACAAUUUCCCUGUUCCUGUUCCUGUUUCUGCCAGAAUAAAAAACUUGUUUGAUGAA